AUUUGAAGCUUCUGGGAGUCAAUUGGCCCAUCAUGGUUCGAUUACAGGUGGCAAGAUCUGCCCUUCGCCCAUUGGCCUCGACGACAUCAUUGAUCAGCUCCCGGCGACCGCUACAGCUGCAAGCAGCUUCGAUAAGCCUUCCAAUUGACCAGAAGCGAAGAAGCUCCAACAACGACAGCUCCCACCCUCACCCCGCCGCCUUGACUGCGGAUGUGAAGCCAAGGGAUGUUAUGGAAUAUGCCUUGACAACCCUCGACAAGAUCGCAGCCUGGGCUCGCAAUGGCUCCUUCUGGCCAUUGACCUUUGGCCUGGCCUGCUGCGGUAUCGAAAUGAUGCACGUGUCGAUGCCACGGUACGACCAAGAUCGUCUAGGCAUCAUCUUCCGAGCCUCCCCUCGACAAUCCGACGUCAUGAUCGUCGCCGGCACAGUCACGAACAAGAUGGCGACGGCCGUCCGGCUCUGCUACGAUCAGAUGCCAGAGCCCCGCUGGGUCAUCAGCAUGGGGUCAUGCGCCAAUGGCGGAGGGUACUAUCACUACAGCUAUAGCGUCCUUCGAGGUGUCGACAGGAUCCUCCCAGUUGACAUCUAUGUUCCGGGGUGCCCACCGACUGCCGAGGCGCUGAUGUAUGGUGUGUUUCAGUUGCAGAGGAAGAUUCGGAACACGAGGCAGUCGCGCAUCUGGUAUAGGAAGAGGUGAGCGAGGGGGGUUGUGUGUAGGGAGCUAGAUC